ACCCCUUGCUUAUUUACCUAUAAUACACGUCUAUCUCGCUCGACUGUUUGGUCCGCCGUCUACCCUCCUCCCUAAUUCCCAGGCAGUUGAUGGCCUGCGACCGAUUCGUAUUCGGAGAGCUCUCCUAACGGUUCAUUUACGCAGAAGACCGCGCGCUAUCGGCGAACUUCCCUCGAAAUGGUGCGGACCAACACGUACCUCGCACCGGUCGCCCUUGUCCUCCUCGCCGGCUCCAUCGUCAUGCUCUUCUUCGUCAUACUCUCAGCCGUCAACACCACGUCGCCCCUGGGAAAUACCUACUUCCUCUCUGCCGACACCUCCGACAUCACCGGCGCCCGCCGCGUCACCCAGUGGGCCUACUUCUACAUAUGCGGCGAGGGGAAUUCCGACUGCAGCCGUGCGUGGCCCGCACCCCCGCUGGGCUGGGCCUGGUCUAGAACCCCCUUCAACGCCCCCGCAGUUCUGGUGGGCUCCUACGGCGGCGCCACCACCAGCUUCUACUACUACUACAUGUGGAGGUUCGGCUGGGUCUUCUACCUGAUCGCCCUCGUCUUCUCCGUGAUCGCGUUCUUCGCCGGCUUCGUGGCGUGCUGCGGGCGCCUCGGAUCGGCCAUUGCGGGGCUCGCGUCCUUCGUCGCCCUCUUCUUCCUCACCAUCGCCGUCUCGCUCAUGACUGCCGUCUUCGUCCGGAUGCGCGACGCCUUCCUCGCCAGCGGUCGGAACGCCGAGAUCGGCCGCUACGCCUUUGGCUUCAGCUGGGGCAGCUGGACCGCCCUGUUCCUCGCCACGAUACUUUUCUGCGUCGGCAUCCGUCGCGACGGCAGCAGUAGAGGCAACAGCCGCCGGUGGGGCCGCCAGCGGAGUGUGCGGAGCCACCGUAGCUACGAUCUGGGCGGCACCCGGCGGGUCAAGGACGACUACGCCUAGAAAUAAAAUCUCCACGGCUCAGGAGAGAUGCGCCAAUCGGAAGCCGGGCGCGAUUUACCUUCUUUUUUAAUGGCACGACAGCUACGACGGAUCGACGAGAUAUCAGGAGAGCAUACCGCUCGGCUCGCGGACACGGAUACGGCGACGCCGAGGCAUUAACUAGAUAUAAUUGUU